CAAAGUGUGCGGACGCCAAACGGAGGAGAGCCCAUGCUGCAGAGCCCAGAAUGAGCAACAGACCGCCCAUCGGUGUAAUACAAGUACUCCAGCUGUUGUCCUGAUGUGGAACAAGAAGUCCAAGCUGCAGUUCUGAGCACACAUCUGCACACGGUCUGGCUUUUCUCUCUUUUCCGCUGACUCUCCGUUUCUACUUACUUUAGCGAAGGACCGACUAGUUUGUUUAAAAUAUGUCUGUUGAGUUCCAUGCUGCAAGUGAACCAUCUGGGAAUAAUGAAACUCCUCAGGUUGCCUCAGUGGGAGGUAAUAAACCCUUACACCGCUUCUUGAGGUGUCAACCCAAGAUCGUUGGGACCGUCGUGCUGAUCAUUGGGGCAUCCGCAUUGAUUAUUACCAUUAACAUUUGGACAGAAACCUUCGGUCGCGAGAUGUCAAUGACAAUCCCUCCUGAGUUUUUCUUGGAAACACUGUUCAUCAUAUGUGGGAUUUUGUAUAUUGUGACGGAGCAUCAUCUGUCCAAGAAAACUGUCACCAUAUCAUUAGCUCUCAGCAUUGUGUCCAUCCUUGAUGGUUUUUGGACUAUUUUCAGCCUGCUGGCACACCUCCACUUCUACUUUGACUAUCAGUUUAUUGAUGAAUACGUCAACGGUACUGACAUUGACAUGGAAAUUCCAGCGUCAUCGAACAUACAAGCUAUGGGUAUAACCAUGGAGGCGAUCCUUAUAUUUUACUGCUUUGUUGGUACAAUCUUCUUGAUUGUUACGUCAGUGCUGGCAGGGGCUGCCCUCCGAUCAACAAAUACCCAGGCCAUUGUGGUGAUGACGGCGAAGGCAGCUGAAACACCAGUUGAAUGACAACUGGUUUGAAGUGUUGCCAAUAAAGCAGCAAGAUGAAGAUGUGGAUUUAUAUUUUAAUUGAUAUCUAAAUAUUGCCCACUUCUCUCUGACAUGUUGUAGUUGCAGACAAUGCAAGGCAAAUAAUCCAACUAAUGUGAGGUAUGAACAGUCUGUUUCUCAUAUUUUCCUCUGCCACCAUGUAACUGCCAGACGUAAUUGUCACCAGUGUCAUAAAAGCACUAAACUUUACCCACUGCAGAGAUUACUAACUGCUACCCCUAGCUGCAGACUGGAGUUGGGCCUUUCUCCUCAUCUCAUCUGAACUAGCCAAUACAAUGAACGGUCAAACUGUUGGGCCAAUGCCAGCACUUCAUACUACAUAAACAAGAAUCAGAAAAAUGAAUAGUGCUCGUUCUUUCCAGAUGGUAACGGCUUCAUCUGUGUUUUAUAGAAAAUAUAUAAACACUUGAUACAUCAGC